AUGGAUGCAUACGAAGCAACAAAGAUUGUUUUUCAAAGGAUCCAAAGUUUGGACCCUGAAAAUGCCUCUAAAAUCAUGGGAAUUCUCCUGUUACAAGACCAUGGUGAGAAAGAAAUGAUCCGUUUGGCUUUUGGCCCUGAAUCUCUGGUUCAAUCUGUGAUUCUUAGAGCUAGGAAAGAUUUGGGUUUAGUGUCAUCAAAUACUCCUUCAACCCCUUCAAGUCCUUCUCCUUCUCCUUCUCCCUCACCUUUCAGCAACCCUUUCUCUCGCUCAAGGACUAAUUUUUCUUCAGCUUCUUUUAGGCUUCUUGGUGCUGUGAAUUUUCCUUCUCUCAGUAUGCUUAACCAGUCUUCGACUGCAGCUUCCUCUUGGGCUAAUUCAAGUCUGUCUGAUUUUCAAACCCCGGAUGAUUUAAUCAAUCCUGGUUCUGCACCAGUUGCAUAUAAUGUAACCUCUCCAUCUGCUACGAAUUCUGCUGCGCCACCUUUUUAUACUACUGGAGAGGUUGAUCUGAUUGAUGAGCUUCAUUUACAAGAUCACCUUUCUUUCCUCAACGAUGGCUCUCCAUCACUGAUGCCUAAAAGCCCUGAUAUGUUCUACACACAGCAAGAUUUGGGCUCAAGUCCAAGUGGAAAUGGAGGCGACGAAGGGAUGUUCUUCCCUUCUUACGGUGGUUCCACUGAGAACUGGGGUGGUGAGUCAGUCAACGGCUUUCCUCACCGCCGCAGCUGCUCAGCUAGUGAUAUCUGCUUGGGUCCUGAUGAUCUUGGUGGAGGGUUUGGAUGGAAACCUUGUCUUUACUUUGCUAGAGGGUACUGCAAAAAUGGUACCAGUUGCAGGUUCGUCCAUGGUGAGAACGGAGCGGAUGGUGCCGCCAUGGUUGGCUCACCAAGCAAGUUUGAGAUGGAGCAGUGCCAAGAGCUGCUUAGAUCCAAGUCUUUGCAACAACAAAGGCUGGCCGCAGCCUCUCAACUCAUGGCUUCUUCUAAUUUCCCGUACUCCCCAGUGGCCACAAACAGAUGCAUGAAUUUUCUUCUCCAGCAGCAACUGCAAACUGAAAGUCCAAGAGCCUUUAUGGGCGAUGAUAUGCACAAAUUUAGUCGGUCUCGGCUCGAAAGAGGUGAUUUUGGUUUGAUAAAUCCUGGUUCGAGGCAGAUUUACUUGACAUUUCCAGCUGAUAGUACUUUCAAGGAAGAAGAUGUGUCCAAUUAUUUCAGUAUUUACGGGCCGGUUCAAGAUGUGAGGAUUCCAUAUCAGCAGAAACGGAUGUUUGGUUUUGUCACAUUUGUUUAUCCAGAGACUGUAAAGCUCAUUCUUGCAAAGGGCAAUCCACACUUUGUGUGUGAUGCUCGGGUACUUGUCAAGCCGUACAAGGAGAAGGGCAAAAUUCCAGACAAAUACCGAAAACAGCCACAGAUGGAGAAGGGAGAGUACACUGGAGGUAGUAGUAGCCCUACCGGCCUUGAGUCGAGAGAUUCUUAUGAUCUUCAGCUUGGUUUGAGGAUGUUCUACAACAAUCCCGACAUGCUAUGGAGAAGAAAAUUAGAGGAGCAAGCAGAUUUGCAGCAAGCCAUUGAGCUCCAAAAUAGGAGAUUUACGGGUUUACAACUUCUUGACAUCAAGAAGAAUAGCCACCACCGAACUCUCUCGACUGGUACCAUUAUUUCAUCCCCGACACACUCCCCGAGUUUUUUGAACCAAAAUAACGUCCUAUCCGGUGACCGCAGCAGCCCGGAAUCUAAAAAGGAAAAUGUUUCAAUUUCAGCAGUGAAAAAUCCAGAAAAUAUUACUGCUCUGGAAUCUAAACAGACCGUAAAUGUUACUGAUACAGAGAAGCAAUCUUUUCCUCUCAAGGAUGAAAAUAACAAAGACAGAGAAAAUCCCAAUAAGGAAAAUGAUUUGCAAGAAAGUUUGGAACACAACCUCCCCGAUAGCCCGUUUGCAUCUCCAAACGCUGCUGGAGAAUAUACGACAGCUUUCUCUAUGGAGCCUGGAGAGGCAGAUAAGACAUGGCUCCAUUCAAAUCAUGUUACUUCCAAGUACCUAGGUUUGCUUCUGGUCAUGAGACCAUUGGAAUGUAGGCCUAGAAUCUUGUCUUGCUUUUUAGCUUCCGGGACGAAGAUUGAUUGA